UUUCUCACCGACUAUCUUGGAAUAGGGAUGUUCUUACUUCAUGUUUCUAUAUCUAAAGCACUUCAUUUAAUUAAUUAUUCAAAUAAUUUCUUUUAAUUUUAAUUUCUUUUUUGUUUCUUUAAACUUCUAUUUUUAUUUAAAUUUCAUUGUUAUUACUUGUAACACGUUCGAUUCAUACACGACGAAAUGUACGCGGUAAAAACACCCAGCAAAUACAUGACAGCGAAAACUAGAAGAGGCAUCCGUCACAGUUUUGAUCGACUCGAUUCUUUCCGAGAAAAUUUAAAAAAAGUUAAUGGAACAGAAGAAGAAGAACUACCAUCUCCUGAACCAAAGCCGGUAUUUCAUUCUAAUGGCCAUCGUAAGGCUUUAAACAAGUGUCCUCCUUCACCCCAAGAUGUUUUAAGUCCCCAACACGAAAAACUCAUACACUAUAUCAAUGACUCUUGGCACUCAGUUAUAGAAGAUGAAGAAUCAUCUAAAAGUUCACAAAAAAUAAUUUACUUCAAACCCGAAAACACUGCUGAAGUUCUAAAUGGUUUUCAAGCAUUUGAUUUAGACACAUAUUGGAUCAAACGUUUAUACAACAAUAUCACUAAAUCAGUGCCAUAAAUAUUUGGUAUAGUGAAUAUUUUUUAGAAAUUAUUUUACCAGACUCGCCCAUAGCUCACAAUGUAUCAAAGACAUGAACACUUGCGCGAAUAAUUAGUCAUUAUUGUGUACAAAAUCGUAGAAAUGAAUCUAUGUCUUUAAACACUGAAUGGGACAGGAGGGAAAAUAUGGCAACUAGUAGUUAAUUAGUAUUACCUAGAAGUAGAAUUUAAUGUUAUAAAAGUACCAACUUAAAAAUAUUAUUGUAAAAGUAUUGAUUUUAGUUAAUUGUUGUUUCCUCGUAAUGAACUGUUGUUUGUUUAUAGUUAUUAUUAUUUUUUUUAUAAUUAUUAUUAUUAUUAUUAUUAUUGUCACAUUAUUAUACAAAUUUAUGUUGUGAGUUAUCUGAACAAGACUGAAAUUUGUGUAAAAAAAAAAUACUUGAUGUGCAAUCAUUUUAUUUUUAAUCCUUAUUGUUUUGAAUAUUAUGAGACUUAAAGCCAAUAUUUUGCUGUUUGUUAAAGUUUGAAGUUACUUUUUAUUGUCUGUAAAAAAUAUUAUAUAAUAAUUAAUUCCCAAUAAUCACAAAUACUGGCUUUUUGUCUCAUUUAUGUAAAAUAAUUAUUUAAAAACAAGUUUUCCUUAUUUAUCCAUUAUUUAUUUUUGAAAAUUAUUUAAACAAGGGGGAACAUACAAAAUAGAAUUGUUAUUUCAAUAAAUUAUGAAUUUUGCCUAAUCAACAUUUACUUGCUUUGGUAAAAACAAACAAUUAGUUCCUAGGAAAUUAUUGUUGUAUAUCAAUUCAAUUAUUUUUUUAAUAAACAGCAAAGACUGCCGAGCUUUUAAAAUACUAUUUAAAGUCUCGUAUUAUAGAUCAAAACUUUAUUUGAAUUGAUAUACUAAUAUUAAAUAUUUUUUUUAUAAAUUGUUAUUAGCUACUGAUAUUUGUAAUUAAAAAAAAUUGUUAGAUGUUCAAAUGAUUUGUUUAGUUGUUGGCAAUAACUUAUAUUUAUUAAAUAGUUAUCAAAAGUUGCUAUACUACAUUUUAUAAAUAAAUGCGUUAAUUGUUUUAUGUACAACUGAAAAAUGUUAUAAAUUAGUAUGCUUUAUUUGAAUGAAUAUAUGUAUAGUAAUUUAAUGUUA